UUGGCCGCGAUGGCUGUUGUUCUGUCGGAGAUUGACGAGGACUUUGAUUUGUUUCCUCGAAAACGGAGUUGUUGGCGGAAAGACUGGAUGGGAAGGAAAGAGUUGGGGGUCCAAAACCUGCUCUACGAAGAGCUCCUGAAGACUGACCUCGACGAAUACCGGAGGCUACUUCGUGUAAGCAGAGAGCAGUUUCUGCAACUGCUGUCGCGCGUGGGCCCUCGCAUACGACGGGAGGAUACCGUUAUGCGCCGUUCUAUAUCGGCGGAAACACGGCUGCAGGUCACACUACGGUACCUUGCUUCAGGAGAGAGUCACUAUUCCCUGAGCCGACAGUUUAGGCUCGGUCAUUCAAGUGUGAAUGACAUUAUACAUGAAACAUGUACUGCCAUUUACGAGGAGCUGGGAAGCCACUUUAUAAGAAGGCCCCGCACGGAGGAGGAAUGGAAAUAUGUGAUGGAAGGCUUCAAUCACAAGUGGAACUUCCCGAACUGCAUUGGGGCCAUGGAUGGCAAGCAUGUGCUCAUAAAGAAGCCACCAAAUUCGGGAACUAUUUACAGGAACUACAAGAAAAGCUUCAGUAUAAUUCUGUUCGCUGUCGUCGACGCAAAUUACCGGUUUUUGUAUACUGACAUCGGUGCACCAGGCUCAGAAGGAGACGCUGCGGUCUGGCAAACGACACCCCUACAGAAAGACGUAGAAAACAGAAGGGCAGGCCUGCCAGAACUUGUGAAGGUAUCCAGUUCACCUGAUGUGCUCCUUCCACCUGUGUUCGUAGCAGAUGACGCAUUUCCGAUGGGACGGAAUUUAAUGAAACCUUUUGGGGGCACAAAUCUGACAGAAGACAAGAAGAUCUUUAAUUACAGGUUGUCAAGGGCUCGCCGUGUCGUCGAAAACGCUUUCGGAAUAUUGGUGAACCGCUUCCGGUGUUUGCACACAGUCAUCAAUGCAUCUCCAGAGAGGGUGACCGCCAUCGUCAAUGCGGCAUGUGUUCUGCACAACUUUCUGGGCAACGAUGUCAUCAGUGCGCCAGACUUAAAUGUCGAACCGAACCCUGCUGCGUCACUCCUGUCCGGCCAAGCAGCGUCGCGUGGUAGAAUCGGUGCUGUUGGUGCUGCAGUGCGUGAUAAGCUGUCUUCGUUCUUCAAUGACAUGGGCGCCGUGCCGUGGCAGCGGCAAUUUGCCCACUUGGAUGUGAGCAUCUACAGGAAACCUCGGAAGUGAAUACAAGUGUCAACACGGAAAUGGAAAGAACAUUUUAUUUUUCCUGUAUUUGAUUAAACUUGCAUGUGCUUUUCCAUCACCUGCAGCAUUUCGACUUGGCAUGACAGCUGCCUUGCUUUUGGUAUCGCCCGCAUAGUCGCAGCGACAAGCUUUCCGAAGUGCUCACAGGCAUCGUCAGUCAUCGCAGGUUGUGUUGGCUGCAUGUUUGUGGCUAUUGUCUCGAGCACCUUUUGCCGCUGCGACCACAUGUCCUCACGCGGGUUACGAUUUCGUCGUCUUUUUCUGGAUGGUGCUUCGCUUAAAGAUGUACUUGGUGCUGCGGAGAGGUCGGUGUGUGGUUCAUUGUCUCUCUCCGUGGUGCAGCCUUCAUUAUCUGGGCCAGCGUCAUCAAGUGUGGCAGCCUCAUCCACCGAGGCAGCCUCGUCCACCGAGGCAGCCUCGUCCACUGCGGUCGCCUCUGGUGUCUGAGCAGCGUCAUGUGACACAGGAGGCUGCAACAAAGAGGUUCUGACUCAAAUAAAUUGUAAAAAAACAAAAUUUCUUGCCUGCAGCAAAAACAAAGCAACAUUUUACUGCAAUUACAUUAACGCUUGACAGGACCAAAUUCGCUCUGAUAACGCGUUAUAUUGGAUGCAUCCGAAUACGGCUACAAAACGUGCAGUACAUUAUUGAACUCAGUUGAAAUGACCUUCUGAGCACAAGGUGCAUCUUGAAAUAAAAUUUAAUAUUUCGAGAGAUUAGUAACUGGUUGCCUUUUCAAACAUACCAUUUCUGGCGCAGCCACCUCCUGCUGAGCUUGGCCCAUUACUGAGCGGCGCACUUUAACUUUCACGGCAUCCAGAAAUUUUAAUGCCUUGAAGAAUUUCCAUUUGCCUAUGUAGACGUCGCUGGCAGGUUGGCCGCUCUUAGUGUGCUCCAUCUUUUUUCGCUCCAGCCGGUAUGUUCUCCUCUUGUUGUCAAAGAACCUCUUGAGCGCCUCUGCGAGAAAUUCGGGU